AUGUCUUCUGAUUUAAAUACAAAAGAUACAUAUUCUAUAUCUGAAAACAGUUCAUACGAUCUUAAAGACGAAAUAAUGAUGGAUUCUAUCGAUCAUGAACGCUGUCGAUACCCAUACUGCAUUGUUUGGACUCCAAUACCAGUUUUAACAUGGAUGUUUCCUUUCCUCGGUCACAUGGGGAUUUGCAUGUCUUCAGGAGUAAUAAGGGAUUUUGCUGGUCCUUACUUCGUUUCCGAAGAUAUGAUGGCAUUUGGUAACCCCACUAAAUACUGGCAGUUGAAUCCACAUAAAGCUUAUAAUGGACCGGCAGGAUGGGAUGCUGCGGUUACUGAGGCAUCAGAAAUAUACAAAACGAGAAUGCAUAUCAUAUGUUAUGACAACUGCCACUCACAUGUGGCCACAGCAUUGAAUAUCAUGAACUAUGACGGCUGCAAGAACUGGAAUAUGGUCAAGUUAGCCUUCUACAUGAUACCAUACUCCAAAUAUGUCAGUUUUGGUGCAUUCCUGAAGACCUGGGUGCCAUCCCUCAUCAUCUUUUCAUGCAUAAUUUGUCUAGCAUCUUUAUUAUAUAGUUAG